GCCUUUAUGGAAGAUGGCGAGGUUUUCGGAGAUCAAUUGGCUGGUCUAAGUCUAACCAGAGUCAAUCGCAGCGGCCGCCGGCGAAGUUCUUUUGUAUAAACGCAGUUCUAUUUCCGGCGAGGCGGGUUUAUAGCUGAAAAAUACGCAUAAAAUCACUCGUUUAUUUCCUCAUAUCAUAAAUUUCUUCUUAAGAAACAACAGGCGAUAAGGGUUAGAGAAAGCAGGCGUUGGAGGGUGACUGAUAGAUGAAGAAAUAGCGACCCACUUUCUCUUUCUCUCUCUCUCUUUAGAGAAUUUGUUUUUCUUUUUCUCUCUUCUAAACAACCCACUAAUUUGACCGACUAUUUAAUUCUGUAUUCAACCUACUCUCUCGUUCGUCAACUGAAGUGAACAGCAGAGAGAGAGAGAGAGAGUUGGUAAAGGUUAGCAUUGAAGAAUCAAAUCCAGUUCAAUCGAAGCAUUAUUUCUUCUUUAGUGAUUGCAGUUGAACUAACACAUGGGUGUUUCGCUAUGAAUGAAGAUGAAAUGAAGAAGACAGGAGAUUGGUGAAGAAAUGUUUCUUUCUCAAGUCUUCAUGAUGGAUCGGAAAUUGGCAACGAUUUCAUUAGGUAUUAUUUGUUUUUGCUUACUGAUUCGUAUUACAUUGGAACAAACUGUUGGGUUACAAUCAAGAGAUGAAAGGGUAUCUAUGAUUCAACUCAGAUCGUCUUUAGGUUUAAGAAGUCGAGAUUGGCCGAUAAAGUCCGACCCUUGUUUAAACUGGACUGGUGUUCUUUGCCGAAAUGGUCGAGUUGUUGGGAUCAAUAUUUCAGGGUUUAAGCGAACAAGAAUCGGUAGUCGAAACCCACAAUUCUCUGUUGAUGCAUUGGCGAAUUUGACUCUUUUAGAAUCGUUUAAUGCUUCUAAGUUCCUUCUUCCUGGUCCAAUUCCUGACUGGUUUGGCUUACGGGUCUCUUCUCUGAAGGUGCUUGAUCUUCGGUCUAGUUCAGUUACAGGUUCAAUUCCUACCAGUCUUGGUAAUUUUACCAAUCUCACUACUCUCUAUUUAUCUCAUAAUAGUCUUAUUGGAGCAAUUCCUUCUAGCGUUGGACAAUUAUCUAGUCUUUCUGUUCUUGAUCUUUCGCAAAAUCUUCUAUCUGGAAUCAUUCCUCCGACUAUUGGGACUCUGUCUAAGUUGGAACUACUAAAUCUUUCAAAUAAUACUCUUUCUUCAAACAUACCUCCCCAAAUGGGUGAUCUUCGUAGCUUGAUUGAUCUUAAUCUCAGCUUCAAUUCCUUGUCUGGAUCACUGCCAACAGAUCUUAAAGGUUUCAGAAAUUUAACAAGAUUAGAUAUUAAGAACAAUUCAGUUUCAGGGUCACUGUCAGCUGAUCUCUUUUCAGCUCUAACUGGUUUACAGUCUAUAAAUCUAAGUAACAAUCGAUUUUCGGGUAAUCUUCCUGAUUUAUUAUUCUCGUUGAUGCCUGAAUUGGUUUUUCUUGAUAUCUCCGGUAAUAACUUAACGGGUUUACUUCCAAAUGUUACUUCAAACGUCAAUAACUCUCGACCAGCAACAUUGAACCUCUCGUUCAAUCAAUUCUACGGUGUCCUGACAUCUACGCUAGUCAGAUUCGACUCGAUCGAUCUGACCGCGAACUAUUUUCAAGGAAGAGUUCCCGAUUUUGUUUCCAAGAAUGGAUCUUUAAUUGGGAAUUGUUUGACAAAUGUAUCGAAUCAGAGGAAUCUUAAUGAUUGCUCCAAGUUUUACGCUGAUAGAGAUCUCGGUUUUGAUAAUUUCGGAUUACCAAACGCCACUGGACCUUCAUCUGGCCGGAAGAGUAAUAACAAACGUUGGAUCAUAUUAGGUGGAGUAUUGGGAGGUUUUGCAAUUAUUGUAAUUUUGGCGAUUAUUCUCCUAAUACUGUAUUGCAUUACUCGUAAAAAACGAUCAACGAAUCCGACAAGGGGAGGUGUUGAGUCAGUUCUUCCAAUUGAAGCCACACCUUCUCCUUCGGUUUUGAAUGUUGGAGAAGCAUUUACUUAUCAGCAGAUUCUUCAAUCGACGGAUGAUUUCAACGAAAUAAACCUCAUUAAGAAUGGCCAUUCGGGUGAUCUUUUUAAGGGAAUUCUUCUGGGUAAUGGAAUACCGAUUGUUAUCAAAAGAAUUGAUAUACCAAAUGCUGUUGCAGCCAGGAAGGAAGCUUAUAAAAUUGAAUUGGAUUUCUUUAGUAAGGUUUCGCAUAUGCGAUUGGUGCCUUUCUUGGGUCAUUGUUUGGAGAAUGAAGAUAAUAAGUAUUUGGUUUACAAGUUUAUGCCGAAUUCAGAUCUGUCGAGUGCUUUGUAUUGGAAGACAAAUUCGGAUGAUGACAGUUUACAGUCAUUGGAUUGGAUAACGAGAUUGAAAAUCGCGAUUGGAGCUGCAGAGGGUUUGUCUUAUCUCCACCAUGAAUGUACACCACCUCUUGUGCAUAGAGAUGUUCAAGCGAGUAGCAUACUUCUCGACGAUAAAUUUGAAGUAAGGCUCGGGAGUUUGAGCGAGGUUUGUCCUCAAGAGAAUGAAGCUCAUCAAAGCAAGAUUACAAGAUUCCUCCGUAGGCAAACAUCAUCAUCUGAACUGAGCACUACUGGUUCACCCACAGCUACAUGUGCGUACGAUGUUUACUGCUUUGGGAAAGUAUUACUCGAACUAGUUACGGGCAAGCUUGGGCCGAAAGCAUUAGUUGAAUCCGAAACAAAGGAAUGGUUGGAAGCCACAUUACCAUAUAUCAAUAUAUACGAAAAGGAGCUAGUAACAAAUAUAGUAGACCCAUCUCUACUAAUCGACGAAGAUCUUCUAGAAGAAGUUUGGGCAAUGGCUAUAGUGGCAAGAUCAUGUCUCAAUCCCAAGCCUUCUAGAAGACCAUUGAUGAGAUACAUUCUCAAGGCAUUGGAAAAUCCUUUAAAGGUCGUGAGAGAAGAAAACAAUAAUAAUAAUAAUAAUACGAACUCUGCCCGGUUGAGAACUAUGUCAUCUAGAGGGUCAUGGAAUGCCGCUCUCUUUGGUAGUUGGCGUGCUUCAGAUGUGGGGACCACUCCUGUAGUACCUAAAACCGAAGGAAGUAGUUUUAAACAGUCGGGAACUUCAGCUUCUCAAGGGAGUGGGAAUAAUGGUGGGGGAGAUCGUUCUUCGUCGACUAGGCGACAGUCUAAGGAUAUAUUUCCAGAACCAUUUGAUGUAGAAGAUGGGAAUCGAUGAUUCUUUUUGUUAAUAAUAAACGAAAGAGUAGGCAACCCCAUUUGUGUGCCUUAUUCUUUCCAUGCCAUUUUUUGUUGUUGAUCGGUUUCGAAGGUUACAUAGCUUGAUGAUGGUGGUUUUGAAGAAUGAACAUAUAUGGAGAAGAAGGGAAAUUGGAUUUGUUGGUUUGAAAUUCUCUAAUUUAUUGAUGGAGGCUUGUUUGGAUAAGGGUUGGUUAGAGGAGUAUUUGCAAGUGUGUGAUUGAAUUAUUCAUUGGGUUUCAUUGAAGGAAUGUACAUUGUGAUUAUGGUUAUUUAACUACCUUUUCUUGUGGAAAAAUCUCAACUUGAGUUUGUAGAAGAGGAGAAUCCACUGUUCUUUCUUUUCUUUUCAUUUUUUAAUAAUAAAUUGUCAGUUGAUACCA